AUGGAAGCGAGUUCUGAAUUAGAUAGAAUACUUCCAAUUGCUUCUAGAGCAUUAUUAUGUGAGGGAAACAAAGAUUGGACCUUGGCGUAUGUAAAUUACUGUAAAGUGAUAGAGGAGAUGAAAAAAUUUUCGGAAAUGCGUAUCCGCCAAGGACUUGCACCGUUAAAAGGAGCAGAAGAGUGUUCCUGGAAUGGACUUUACGAUAAUUGCGUUAACAAGGCCGGAAGGCUACGGAGGCUAAUUUUGGAAACGGAAAUGGAAAGGCAAAAUUUCCAAGUCGCACCAAAAAUAGCGCAAAAAAAGUCGUCGAUUGACUAUCAAAUACCUGGUCCAAGCCGUGCGCAUACGCCUUUGCAGCAUUCUAUGAGUGGCCGAAUGAUAUAUAAGCAGCCAAGAGGUGUAAAGUCGGAAACAAACAUUUCAACGACUCCUCGUUCUUAUGGAUCAGCAUAUUCCCCUCCUUCAGCUUCUGCAUCAUUCGCCGCAACUUCUUCUUUUGGGAAUUCCUCUCAUUUUAAUUCCGCAUUAAAGCGCUCGCCUGGAGUUGCUAAAACGGAGGACCCUUUUUCUUCUUUCAAUUCAUCGGCUGUAAAGCCAUCUGAUUCCACUCGGGCAAAUACUACAGGCUCGCCGUUCUCUCUUUCGGGCUCACCAGAAUUAACGAGUCAAACGAACCCAUUUAUUUCAGCAAAGUCUCAUCCCUUGCCCAAUCCUCCUCCUAUGCAGCGCACUGCCUCUUCGUUUUGCAUACCACUUCCUAGAAAAGGUACUUUUAUUCCUGCCCAGCCUUUAGCUUCGCCACCACCUCCCCCAAAGUCCACAUCCUAUACCUCGGCAACAUAUCCUGUAUCUCCGUUUGAUCGACAAACCUAUAUGAAUAAUUCAAAAUCAUAUUCAUCUGAUACCAAUCCGUUUAUUACCAACGGGACUCCCAACGACGUCAACGACUUCACUCCUACUCCGCCUUCUUCAAGCGAUAUUAAAUCUUCGCCUACAACAUCACCAGUUGAUCCAAAUGAUUCUCCAUUGAUAAAGCAAAUAGCUGGACAGGAUCAACAGUCGACCACACCUUCAGCCUCUACUGCUCAGCCUGAUAAUCUCCAAAACAACAAUCAACAAAGUGAUUUUGAAUCUGCCAUCAUGAGCGAAAUUGUUGCAAAUCACGAUCCAGUUUAUUGGUCAGAUAUUGCGGGGUUAGAAGAAGCUAAAAACUCUUUGAAAGAAGCUGUCAUCUACCCAUUUUUGCGACCAGAAUUAUUCAAAGGUCUUCGCGAACCUGUUCAAGGCAUGUUGCUAUUCGGACCUCCGGGAACCGGUAAGACUAUGCUUGCUCGUGCUGUUGCUACGGAAGCCAAAGCAACUUUUUUCUCAAUCUCGGCUUCUUCCUUGAUGUCAAAAUAUCUCGGUGAAUCUGAAAAGCUCGUUCGGGCCCUGUUUGAAGUUGCAAAACGCCAAACUUGCAGUGUCAUAUUCGUGGAUGAAAUAGAUUCAAUUCUUUCUGCACGAAGUGAUAGCGGUAACGAACACGAGAGUUCGAGAAGAUUGAAGACUGAAUUUUUAAUUCAGUGGUCUUCUCUUUCUAAUGCGGCUCCUGAAAAAGCUACAGGCAAUUCUCCUCGAGUGUUGGUCCUCGCUGCAACAAAUCUUCCAUGGUGCAUUGAUGAGGCAGCACGUCGUCGUUUUGUGAAGCGAACUUAUAUCCCCUUGCCUGAACCAGAGACGCGUCAUAAGCAUCUUUCUCAUUUGCUACAUAAUCAAGUACAUGGUCUAACGAAUGAGGACUUGAAUGAACUUGUUGAGUUAACUGAAGGUUACUCGGGAUCCGACAUAACCGCUUUGGCUAAAGAUGCUGCAAUGGGUCCUUUGCGAAACCUGGGUGAGGCUUUAUUAACGACUAGUGCCGAACAUAUCCCACCUAUAGAUAUUAAUCAUUUCAAAGCUAGCUUGAAGACAAUUCGACCUAGUGUUUCCUCAGAAGGUAUUUACCGUUACGAAGAAUGGAAUCACCAAUUCGGUUCUCAACGCUGA